AGGUAUGCCAUUCCCCCAAAUCCCCCCCCACUUCCCCCCACCCAUGAACCCACAUAUGACUUUCGGCACCACCCAGUAUGAAACUAAUAUCUCAAAAAAUCUACCCUUAUCCUACAUUAAUAAAUUCCCCUUGCAACUACUUUGAAAUAUAUUUUGUCUUUCUUUCUAAAUGCCCAAAUGCAAGCCUCCAUUUCUUAACAAAGUCUUUAUUGCUUCCUCCCCAUAUGCCAUUUGAUAGCUUGGCCAUUUGGAUAUAUUCUAAUAAUUUUUAUCUCCAGUUCUUUAGCUCUUUUUCUCCUUUCCAAGAUUAUUCUAUUAUUCUCACUGCAACAAAACUGUAUUGACAUAUUUCUACAUCUUCUUUACAGGUAUUUUCACCAAUUAGCCCUAAGAUGUACAUUCUGGAUCUUUCCUAAUUGUUUUAAUGAUCAUAUUAUUUGUUUCUUUAAUUCCUUUUCCCCAAGAUAUUUGUACCAACUUAUAGAUCCACCAGACAUGAAAAAGGUACCUUUCUGUACUUUAGGAGGUACCUUCCCAAUUUCUAAAGAAUUAAACAAAUGCACUUUCAGAAGGCUUGGACCAAUUCUGGAUCACUCUUGGUUUAGCUUUCAAGUCAAAUUUCCAAAACCUUUUUUGGGCGUUAGCUAUGUGUAGGUAAUUUUACCACUCUGGUUCUUUUUAUUGCUGUGUUAUCUAAUAUUUUUCUAAAAUGGAAUGGAAGACACUGCAAAUUUGAGACAUUUCCAUUAAUGUUUCUUCACUUAUAUGGUGUCUACUUUUAAGAACCUUUCCUCGUUGCCUUUAGUACUCUGAUUAAUAGGUUACUCAGGUUUAUUUGUGUAAACAAGUGAUAUAUGUCUUUUCUUAAUUUAUGUUUUUAGUCUGACACAUUCCAUUUAUAUGGCAAAAUCACAGUCUCCUAUCUUCUAAUUGAGUGGUUUUCUGCCUUUGGCCCUCCAGAUCUUUUGGAUUUCCACUAACCAUUGUCCCACGCUGGCUGGGACUUCUGGGGAUUGAAGUCCAAAAUAUCUCAAGGAUUUCAUUGGAGAGCUACUGUUCAAAUUGUAGUCAAAAAAAGGACUUGGCAAUCCACGUGUUAUUACUUGUCCCCCUCACUCAAUGUUGAAGUCCCGAAAAAUUUGGAAAUAAUAAAAGUUUUAUGAUCAUCAAUUAGUGGCUGUUUUAGACAUUUACACAAAUCUGUUGUGCCAUAUAUGCAGUGAACUCUGCCUCUAUUUUUAAAUACCUAUAUAUCCAGGGUCACAUAAAAAUGUUUUGGGCUGAAGGGGGUCGCAAUUGGAAAGGUUUAAGAAGCCCCGUGUUAGAUGUAUUCCAUAAAGAGUCUCCACCUUUCCAACUCUUCUUUUUGCAUAGAAUUAAUGAGGAUCUAUUAUUUUCAGUAGAAGGACAUGUCAGUUGUGUUUGACAGAAUCAGUGGAAUGAUGGGUAUCAAGAAUGCCAUAUUAUGUUGUGCUCUUUCUAGCAGUGCCAUUGUGUGAGUGCAAGGUUUGUUUACUGAUAUACAUUUACAGACUUAGUACAAAGGCAGUGCCCAAGCAAUGCAAACACUAUCGGCCUAGUUUUAUUGCACAACUGGUUAUGCAAAGGGAUCAAACAUGUGCUAUCUCUUAAGUUACCACUUGUGCAAAAAAGAAAUAAAUACAGCACAAGUAAGUAGGAUUUUAUCCUCUACUACGGGCAUCCUCAGGAAUUCUGGGAGCUGGAGGGCUGCAGUUUGAGGAUGCCUGCUCUGCUAGAUUUACAUGGGAGUCAUAGUCCCCUCAAGUAUUAAUUAGUUACUUAGUAUACUUUUCUAAUUAACACUGCAGGAGUUAAACAUCUCCAGGUUCAUCGAUAAGUAAAAUAUGUUAGGUGAUCUGAGAAUGCAGUAAACUUUGCAGUAUUGGGAUUACAAUAUGUAUGAAUGAUAAAAGGACGUUUUGGAAGAAAUUGGCAUGAAUUCAGACAGCCUAGGAGAAUUUAUCAGCUGAGCUGUCACAUCCGUGGUUGUAAUACUUCUUAUCUAAUAUUAACUCAAAGAAACACAUUCUAGGGUCAAUUAGGAUUCAGCAGAGUUGGAAAAUAUAAAGGAUCCCAUGAUUAUUACAAAAGCAGUGUAGUAUGUUAAUCUAGAGAAAGUUAUUUUUUUAUUUUUAGAAUGUACUUUAUCAUAAACUAAGCCAACUGCCUUAUCAUAUCCCAAAAGGUUAAUCCAAAAUUUGGGUUCACUGACAAAGUUCUGCUCCAAUAAUUCUUGCCUUGUUCCCUCCUGGCAGAUGAUAAUAGGCUUCCUAAAAACUGUGUUAAUAUUAAAACUUGCUAAUUGGUGCCUAUUUGACUUGUCUCUGUGUUGGAUUAUUUUUUCAAGAAAUGUGUCCUGUUAUUUCUGUAGUCAUACGGUAAGAUUUCUGUAAAAAAAAUCUCAGAUUAUCAUAUUUUUGUUUCUUUUAUUAUUUUGAUAUUUGGCCAAGCAAUAUAAGACUUCUGUGUUCACUAUAAGAGCAAAUUCCUUUUGUGUUUUCAUUGCAUUAACUUUAAAAAGGUAACAUAUCCCAAUACAAUGCUUGUUCAGUUUCAAACUUGGAAAGAAUCCUUUUGGAAUUUAACAUUUUGAACACUUUUGAAAAACCAAGUGGCACAGGAAUUUAACCUUGAUAGUAAGAGAAAAGAGGGAAAAAUGAAAGUUUGAAUCAGUGGUGCUCAUUGGAAUUAGAGGCAGUGUUGCUAAAGCAUCACUUACUCAUAAUAGCAUUUCGUUAUUGGUUUAACCCAAAGAUCCAUGUAAUCACUCUGACUGCAAGAGGGGCCAAAUGGAAAUUUCCAAAGCAGCAAUGUGGGUAUAGGACACUUUUCGUUUGUUCAUGACAACUGAUAAUUGGAAAUGUAUGCCUUAUAAACACAGAGAACAAUUUUUAGAUAAAUAUAACAAAGAAUCCAUAGUAAGUCUAGUUUCCAUAGACUUUUGAGCGAUGUAGUUGCUUUUGUCUAUCUUGAAUUGCCAGUCAAUUUUUGGAAUGACCUUUGACAGACAAAAUCAGAAGCAUUCCUCUCUUCGUUAAGAGCUUUAGUAAAAUGACCAGUAGUAGCAUUACUAUUACAAUGAAUUGUAUUGUUACAUGCCUUCAAGUCUUUUGCAACUCAUGAUGACAUUACCACAGGGUUUUCUUGGCAAGAUUUGUUCAGGGAGGCGUUCCCUUUGUCCCCCUCUGAGUCUGAGAGAGUGUGACUUGCCAAAGGUCAACCAGUGGGUUUCCAUGGCCAAGUGGGGGUUUGAACCAUGGUCUCCAGAGUCCUAGUCCAACCCUUAAACCACGGUCAUUUCUUUGGAAACAUCUAAAAAAUAAGAUAAUACAAGAGGAGGAUAUUGCUUGUUGUUUAUUCAUUCAGUCACUUCCGACUCUUCAUGACCUCAUGGACCAGCCCAUGGCAGAGCUCCCUGUCGGCCAUCGCCACCUCCAGCUCCUUCAAGGUCAAGCCAGUCACUUCAAAGAUACCAUCCAUCCACCUUGCCCUUGGUCAGCUCCUCUUCCCUUUUCUUUCCAUUUUCCCCAGCAUCAUUAUCUUCUCCAAGCUUUCCUGUCUUCUCAUGAUCUGGCCAAAGUACUUCACCUUUGCCUCUAAUAUCCUUCCCUCCAGUGAGCAGUCGGGCAUUAUUUCCUGGAGUAUGGACUGGUUUGAUCUUGUGGUCCAAGGCACUCAGAAUUUUCUUCCAACACCACAGUAAAAAUGUGUCUGUCUUCUUUCGCUCAGCCCUUCUAACUAGGAGGAAUACCAUUGCUUUAACUAUGCGGACUUUCGCUGCCAGUGUAAUGUCUCUAUUCUUCACUAUUUUAUUGAGAUUGGUCAAUGCUUUCCUCCAGUCUGUGUCUGCAGUAAUCUUUGAGCCAGAAAUAUAUAAUCUGUCACUGCCUCUAUGUUUUCUCCCUCUAUUUGCCAGGAUCUAAAUAGAAAUAUCAUGUGAGAUACAUAUAUAUAUUGGAUAGAGGAUAUAAAUGCUCUAAAUGAAUAAUUACUAAGGCAAUUAGGGUAAAAACAAAGUCACAAAAGUAUAGGGAAGGUUUUGGGUAUGCAGCUUAAUGCUUCCGAGAUUUUUUUUUUUUUGGAUUAUAGUUUCUAGGAAUUCAAUUAAAACUUCUUCCAGGAAAUAAUAUUUCAAUCUGUAGUCUCAGUUUGCAUCUAGACCCCUCAACACACACACACAGACACACACACAGUAUUUUAAACUGUGACAGCCACCCUAUAAAUAUAUCAAUUAAAGCGUGACACAUCUAAAAAAUAAAAUAUAUGAGACUUAUGUUUACUUAAAACAUUGCCUUCUUUACCCUUAAAUAAUCUAUUCUGAUUUGCAAAGGCUCUACAGUGCUUCCAGCAAUUAUAUUUCUUGAUCUUGCAAUAUCAGAUCUUUUUUAAAAAAAAACUGGGUUAUGUUGGGGAUUGAACCCAAAUGCUCCUGUGUGUAAACCUGGCUAGAGUUUUCUUGUUUCCUCCACUGAUUUUUGCUGUUUGGGGUAAGCCUGUCUCAUAAACAGUCCUUUGGAUGAGGUUUUACAUACAUAUUCAUUUAUGCAAACAUCUUUAUAAUAAUUGCCACUCCCUUGAGCUGCUGGAGGAAUGCAAAUAUGACCGAGCCCUGGAGGAGCGUUCCCUCCUCAUCUGCUUUAUCCCUUCUGCUUCAUUACUUAGAACUCAAAAGUCUGUCAGGAAUGCAGGCAAAACAUAUUUUCCCUGCCCUUCACUCCCUGCACAUGCUUGUCAUAAGGUAGAAUCUAUAAAAAUCCUUCAGACUGGCAGACCUUAAACCAGUUCACAGUUUGCUCUUUUUUCAUAUUCUCCAGCAUUCCUGGCAGACUCCAGACACGCAAAAGUGAGCAGUAGCAAUUCCCAAGCUCAUGACUGACAAAACCAUGCUAGUUGUGAAACAGUCUGUCUGUAGGGCCCAUAGGUUCUCUUCUUUACCUAACCCAAGGGCAUUUUUUGGUCUUAGGAUAGUUAUGGGACUGCUUGGAUUUAGAAGAAAAGGGUAGUCUAUUGUAAGAGGAGAGACAUGUAGCCUUCCACAGUUCUCAGCAGCCCCAGCCAGCAUCCCCAGUGGUUAAUGGGAGUGGUUGCCACCAUUAGACUAGGAUUGAGGAUCCCAGAUUCAGUCCUCCAUUUUGUAAACAAUUGGUCCUGACACUAUAUUUCAGACUUCAUGAGAUUGUUGUGGGCAAGAGGCCCAUGUGCACUGCCUAGAACUCCUUGGAGACAAAACAAGGUAAGUGUAGGAGAUAAAUGACAGGAAGACAUGUUGAGAAUGUUUUGAAAUACAGCCAUAGUUUGUCUUCCUGUUUUUUGUAUUUUGUAUGUAACGGCAUCAGUUGCCACUUGUAAGCCGCCCUGAGUCCCCUCGGGUGAGAAGGGCAGGGUAUAAAUAAUUGAAAUAAAUAAAUAAAUAUGUACAUAAGGACAAAUACAUGCUUUCAAAAUGUUGAUUCCAGAAGUGUGUGUGUAUGUGUGUGUGUAUGCGUGCAUGCCUUCAAGUUGCCUCUCGGCUUAUGACGAUACCAUGAAUUUCAUGGGGUGUUCUUAGGCAAGGAAUACUCAUGUGAUUUUGUCAGUUCCUUCCUCUGAAAUGUAGCCUUUGGUAUUCAUUGGUGGUCUCUGAUCAGGGCUGGCCCUGCUUAGCUUCCAAGAUCAGACAGGAUCUAUUGCCAUUAGGAAGACUGUGGAAAAUGUGUUUUCUCCUCUUUCCUAUCCAUGUUGUAUUUGAAAGAUGGUGUGUUUUCUUCUGAGGCUAAAAUCAUAGAGUUGAAAGAGACCUCAAGUGCCAUCCAGUCGAACCCCCUUCUGCCAUGCAGGAACAGCCAAUCAAAGCAUUCCUGCCCUUCCUUGGACACACAUUCCAGCUUGUUAACAUUGUUCUAGAAUUGUAAUUACAACUGGGCACAGUAUUCCAGUUGAGGUUUGGCGAAAAGCAGAAUAGAGUGGGACUAUUACUUUCCUUGAUCUAGGCACUAUACUUGAUGCAUAGCUAUACAGUAGAGUCUCACUUAUCCAACAUAAACGGGCCGGCAGAAUGUUGGAUAAGCGAAUAUGUUGGAUAAUAAGGAGGCAUUAAGGAAAAGCCUAUUAAACAUCAAAUUAGGUUAUGAUUUUAUAAAUUAAGUACCAAAACACCAUGUUAUACAACAAAUUUGACAGAAAAAGUAGUUCAAUAUGCAGUAAUGCUAUGUAGUAAUUACUGUAUUUCCGAAUUUAGCACCAAAAUAUCACGAUGUAUUGAAAACAUUGACUACAAAAAUGCGUUGUAUAAUCCAGAACGUUGGAUAAGCGAGUGUUGGAUAAGUGAGACUCUACUGUACUUCUAUUGAUGCAAAAUACAAAAAUACAGAGAGAUAAAACCAAUGGAUACUUUAAAUAUAUUUAAACUUAGACUAUGAUACUUUGCCCUGCACAUGACAGACUCACUGGAGAGAACAGAGUCUCUUUUCUAGUUUUGCUUAUCAGAUGAUCUCUAUAUUUGCAUGUGGAUGAGCACAAAUUAGAAAUUUGAUUGCAAAGUACUAUUAAGAGAUUUGAGAUGCCAGUUCUCAGAUCCUGGCCCCUCUUCUCUGCUCCUCAAGGUGAAAGGGAGGAACCUAAGGUUGAAGUGCUGCCUUGAAACAUGUCCCUUGUACUAUCUCCACAGACCCACCUACUGUGACAUUGCAAGGGAUUGUGCCUGGAUCUUAUAGCUUCCAAAUGUAAUUCCAGAAGAAUCCUUGGAAAUACAACCUAUCAGUGAGAAAAGACAGAGCAUUUUGCAUCGAGUCACUGUAAUUCUUUUGCAGUCAGAAUGUGUAGGUUUAUAAGGUUUGAGCUCAUUGAAGUUCAUCUCAUGCCAGCUACAUGUGAGCAUCUGUCUACAUUGACACAAAAAUUCAUAUGCAUUUUCUGGACAUUUUCAAAUGUACAAAUCUUUACCCACUGAGUGAAGUGCUUUCAACCCAGAAUUGAAUAUGGCUUUCUUUCUACAUUUUUUCCAGACGCAUCGCUUUGUUAUUUGUUUUCUUUCAUAGAAUGGAUUGAAUAUUCGGUUACAAAUUGUGUCUAGUUCAGGUUUUAGGGUGCAAACUGGACAAAUCUGUAAACAAAACAUUGCAACAAAGUUAAUUUUAUACCCCUACAUUUCAGAUAACAGAAAACAGGUUUAAGUUUGAGUAUCCUUUUCCCCGUGAUUUAGAGCUUGAAAAGUUACAUUUUCAAACUACAACUUCCAGAAUCCUCGAGCCACUGGCUACACUGGAAGUUUUAGCUUAUUUAUUUAUUGUGUCAGAAGCGAAGCGAGGUUACAAACUGUAAUGUAUUUGAAAACAAAACAAAGUUAAAUAAAACUUGGCAUUAUGCUAAAUGUCCUUUGACCAGAAGCUGGCCACUUGGAGUGCCUCUGGUGUUGCUAUAAGAAGGUCCUCCAUUGUGCAUGUGGCAGGGCUCAGGCUGCAUUGUAGUAGGUGGUUUGUGGUUUGCUCUUCUCCACACUCACAUGUUGUGGACUCCACUUUGUGGCCCCAUUUCUUAAGGUUGGCUCUGCAUCUCGUGGUGCCAGAGCAGUCUGUUCAGCACCUUCUAAGUUGCCCAGUCUUCUGUGUGCCCAGGAGGGAGUAUCUCAUCUGGCAUCAGCCACUGAUUGAGGUUCUGGGUUUUAGUCUGCCACUUUUGGACUCUUGCUUGCUGAGGUGUUCCUGCAAAUAUCUCUGUAGAAUCUAGAAAACUAUUUCAUGAUUUAAGGCGUUGGAAUGCUGACUAAUAUCCAAAUGGGAUGGUCUGGAUAUGUCAAUGCCUUGGUCUUUUCAUUGCUGGCUACUACUUCCCGGCGGAUGUCAGAUGAUGCAAUGCUGGCUAAACAGUAUAAUUUCUCCAGUGGUGUGGGACAUAGACAUCAUGUGAUAAUGUGGCAUGUCUCAUUAAGAGCCACAUCCACUGUUUUAACAUGGUGAGAUGUAUUCCACACUAAGCAUGCAUAUUCAGCAGAAGAGUUGCAAAACACAAGGGCAGAUGUCUUCACUGUGUCUGGUUGACAACAUUAAGAUUGUUUCGGGGCCAGGCUUCAAAAUGUUUACUAACACUGCUAUUACUCUAAACAUACUAACGAAAAAAUAACUUAUCCUGUGAUAGAGAAAGACAUCUUUAAACCCUUGCCUGACUUAAACCUGAACCCAGGAUUUAACAAGACUGACAGGUAGAAAGUGAACCCUCAAAACAGACAAAACAUUAUCUCAGUGGCUUCCCCUUUUUCUCAUGUAGCUUGCUAUUGUUGAGAUCAUUACUCAGAAUUUAGUUGAAAUUGAUACUUUAAGGGCCCUUCCUGCACACUUUGACAUGCUCUCCCAAUUUACCAUCCUGCCAUGGAGUUAACCUCUGUCACAUGUGUGUGGAUUUUUUUCCCUGAGAGAAUUAGCAGUGAUCCAUUUACUUUCCCCUCCCCUUUUUUUGCCCUUUCCAAGGACUGACGGAGGAUUAAAAGGAGCUUUGUAAAUGCAACGAAUACUGCUAAUGGCAGUCAAAACAAGCACCAGCUUCUAAGUUGGCAUCACAUGAUAGCAGACCUAGAAAUUCUUGUUUCAUUUAUCAAGGCAUAGAAUGCAAUGGGCACUUGUAGAUCCUUAGGAUACAGAAUCUGGUUCCUUUUAUCCAUUUAGAUCUAGAAAUGUUCAAUUUUUGAAAGGUAGAAACUUCCACCUGUCUUAACUGAGGGAAUUGGCUCAUGACUUUAUGAUCUGUGCUUUUUUUGGAAGACUUAAAGAAGACAGCAAGAAGUCAGCAGGAACAGACAAGACGAUACCCUUCUUCAGGCUCCAGAGCUAUGUACUUGGACCAUAAAGGUGACAGUGCAAUCUCUAGAAAAGUAGACAUGGAGUUGACCCAGGCUGCUGUUCCACACCAUGUGGAUCUGCUUGGAAAUGUAGCUGUGGAACCAAUUCCCAACAAUUUGAGUGAGCUGAAGCUGUUGAAAGAGAUGAUGGCUGUUCAGGGAGAACCCACAAAACCCUAUGCAAAGAACGCUCCAGAAUCUGACUGCUCCAUUACGUUGGAGAAAGAUUAUAACCCUUUCAAUAUGCAGGGGAGGUAUCACUUCACUUUGCCUAAAUUCUUCAGCGCAAGGUCAAAAGAUAGCUGUUUUACAGAGAGAAGUCCCCUGUUGAAAGUUUCCACUGAAGAAAAUGGGUUUAUGGCUGUUCAUAAUACAGAUUUCACCACAGAUGAUGACUCUUGGGAGAACAGCUCAGCUGAAUUUGAGCAAAGGUUUCAGCUGGGCAGUGAAAUGGCCAGUCUGUCCAGAUCUUCCUCAGAGAAAUCUGAAAUGUUGGACCACUUUUAUGUCAAAUUCAAUUUAUCCAAGAUGAGAUGCUGCUUAAGAUUCUUCAAGGUUUCUGGCCUUUUUAUCUUUGUAGUUGUAUGCUCUGUUUUAUUUAGCAUUCAUCCUGAAAAUGGAACACCUUGGCAAAUGCUGGCUGUGUCACCUAUGGAGAGCUAUGUUGUGAACUUUAGCAAUUUCAGUGAUUCUGCCCUUCUAAAAGUAGAACUUGGAGGGCCUUUUGUACCAGAUCGGCAAUCAGAAGAUUAUAUGAUUGUCCAAGUUAGACAAAUGGAAGACUCUGGUCCUAGAAGGCGACGUCAGCAGCAGAUCUUGUAUAACUGGACCCUGCCUUUAAAUUUAAGAGUCAAUGAGCAAGUGAUUGUAUCAAGAAUCUUUGAGAUGUUAAACAGGAGUGAAGAAACAUCCAUAAGUAUCCAAGCUGUACUUCAGGAAUCAGAAACCAUUCCUCUUUCCGUGACCUAUCAAUACCUUCAUGCAAAUGUAGAGACGCAAGUUACAAUUGCAUCAGUCAUUUUAGCAGGUGUUUAUGCGCUGAUCAUUUUUGAGAUUGUUCACAGAACAUUAGCAGCAAUUCUUGGUUCCCUGGCUGCUUUGGCUGCCUUAGCUGCAAUUGGUGAUAAGCCGAGUCUGGUCAAAGUAGUGGCAUGGAUUGAUUAUGAAACUCUGGCACUUCUAUUUGGAAUGAUGCUGCUAGUUGCCAUCUUCUCUGAAACUGGAUUUUUUGAUUAUUGUGCAGUGAAGGCUUAUAGACUCUCUAGAGGCAGAGUAUGGGCCAUGAUUACCAUUCUUUGUCUAAUUGCUGCAAUUCUCUCAGCCUUUUUGGACAAUGUUACUACUAUGCUCCUUUUUACUCCAGUCACUAUAAGGUUAUGCGAGGUGCUUAAUCUUGAUCCCAGGCAUGUCUUGAUCGCCGAAGUAAUCUUCACCAACAUUGGAGGGGCUUCUACAGCUAUUGGGGAUCCACCAAAUGUGAUAAUUGUUUCAAAGCAGGAGCUUAAGAAAGUGGGAUUGGAUUUUGCUGCAUUUACAGGGCACAUGUUUCUGGGAAUCUGCCUUGUCCUUCUGGUCUCUGUGCCUUUCCUAAGACUCCUGUACUGGAACAAGAAAUUUUACAACAAAGAACCAAGUGAAAUUGUUGAACUGAAACAUGAAAUCCAUGUCUGGAGACUGACAGCCCAGCGAAUUAACCCUGCCAGCAGAGAAGAGACCGCUGUAAAGUGCCUCUUAAUGCAAAAAGUUCUUACUCUGGAUCUCCUGCUGAAGAAAAAACUCAAAACAUUCCAUAGACAAAUUUCCCAAGAAGAUAAAAACUGGGAAACAAAUAUCCAGGAGCUUCAAAAAAAGCAUCGAAUAACAGACAAGAUACUUCUUAUCAAAUGCCUGACUGUUUUAGGAUUUGUUAUCCUCAUGUUCUUUCUCAAUUCAUUUGUUCCAGGAAUUCACCUAGAUCUCGGGUGGAUUGCUAUGCUGGGAGCAAUAUGGCUUCUUGUGUUAGCCAACAUUCAUGAUUUUGAGAUGAUUCUGAACCGAGUGGAAUGGGCAACACUCCUUUUCUUUGCAGCACUAUUUAUCUUAAUGGAGGCUUUGGCUCACCUUCAUUUAAUAGAAUACAUAGGAGAACAGACAGCUUUGUUAAUAAAGGUGGUGCCAGAGGACCAGCGUUUGACAGUUGCGAUCAUUUUAGUCCUUUGGGUCUCUGCUCUAGCAUCAUCUCUAAUUGACAAUAUUCCAUUCACUGCUACAAUGAUCCCUGUGCUUCUCAACCUGAGUCAAGAUCCAGAGGUUAACUUACCUGUGAAACCCCUCAUCUUUUCCUUGGCCAUGGGUGCCUGUCUAGGAGGUAAUGGGACAUUGAUCGGAGCAUCUGCAAAUGUCGUUUGUGCAGGAAUUGCUGAGCAACAUGGUUAUGGCUUCUCUUUCAUGGAAUUUUUCAGGUUGGGUUUCCCUAUGAUGGUCAUGACCUGUAUCAUUGGGAUGUGCUAUCUUCUUGUUGCUCAUGUCGUAUUGGGCUGGACCUAAGAAUGUGUAUAUUGCUACUGGAGAACAAAAUACAUUUUCUGUCCCUUGUGGUCUCUAUUAUAUUUUAAAAUACUGUAUAAAAACAAAAAGCAAUCUGAGGGAAAUAAAUCCUUCACACCGUCACUCCUAUUCAUCUUUCUGUUAUACACAUGAGAUUUCUUCUUUGCCUGUGGCCAAGAUCCUACUCAGUAGCAUAAAAUUGUGCUGGGUUUCUUCUGAAUAGUACUAUUAUGCAAAAGCCUUGUUAGGUACAUACAGGGUUUUAUUUAACAGCAGACUGUGUAGCAGCACUAGUAAUAGCCCUUGUACAACAUUUUAAACAACACAAAAUGGUUGCAUUUUGCUAUAAGAAGCCAUUUACAGGAUUUUGGUCUUUUUAUGUGGUUCCUGUUCAUUUUUAGUUGAGAAUGUCUAUUUGUGUAUUACCUUUACUUCCUGACAUAAGCAGGGAUCACUGUGGAUGCAGCUUAAUGACUGGCAGCUAAAUCACUGGGACACAUGAAGCACAUAGUGCAAAUGUUUGAUGAAUUGUACUAUUUUAGAUUGCAGGAAGAAAAUUAUCAUUUGACUGCUAGUUUAGUUUAGUUUAAGCAAAAAAGUAGAUCAGAAUUCAUCCCUUUGAUGUAUUAUGUUUUGUGUAUGCAACAAUCUAAACUGGCAUAGCUGAGCAAUAGCUAUGCCAUGUGAGUUUUUGGAUAAUGUGCCAAAGACCUAUAUGUCCAUGUAUUUCUUUUUCCAGCCUGGAUGACUGAACAUUGAGAUUUCCACUGAUCUUGAUAAGUUAUUAGUUAGGACAGAGCCAAUUUUAUUGCAGGUGUACGUUUUGGUUCAAAACUAGUGAUUUUGGUGAGGUUGUUGAUCAUUCCUGUAGGUCAUAAGCUGUAUUCCUCUUUUGUGGAUGGACUACUGGCUUUCAUUAACUCUUUCAGCCUUCCAUGACAUCCCUGACAAUCCGAGAUCACAUGCUGAUGACAUCACAUUACUAAGUAAUUCAUAUUUGGAAACCCAUAUUGUGAUUUAUACCUUAAUUAAGUUGACUAAAAGGCACAGAAAUACCAAGUUUUUUUAUUUACCUAAGAAAUGUGUUGCUAUAAUAAUGGAGUUUGCAAUUUGAACUGUUUGUCAGUAGAUUUCUAGACAUUAUCAACCAAUAAUGAAGCCCAUUAAGAGUGAGGGAAAUGUUUUCUGAAGAGGUUAUGUGAACCAUCUAUUAUUCCUCUAACAAAAUGCAUACUUUGACACCACCCUCUUAAACUGAGAUUCCCAAAAGAGAGCAUUCUUUCAAUUCUGACAAAGAUUUUUGUAAAAAAAAUGUCCAUUUUGUUCUCAAUUGUUGUGAAUGUUUAUAUACAAAUUAAUUGAGAGAUUAAUAUAACAAAUGCCAAAUCCCCCCCCCCCCCAAAAAAAAACCAUAUAUUGAUACAGUCUGCAUAAACCUGCAGGUUAAAAAUUUGCUUUCUAUGGAACAUAUUAAGUAGUUUCUCACUAGGGCUUCCUUUGUAUACUUAGCAAUUUAUAUUAAAGCACCUGAUAUUCACCCUCUACUUGCAGUAGUGGAUAGACAAACUUUGCUUAAUGAAAGAUACAUCAUUGCCUUUUUAAAAAAACAAACCAGUUCAAAGGAAGGUUUGAAAUAGAAACAAUUAUCUAUUUUAAUUUGGCUCUUAGGAUUCUACAGAAAAAUAUUUCCAUGGGAAAUGCAAAUGAUUUUUCCACACUUAGAUAAGUUUAGAUAAAUAAAAUGGGGGAUGCUUUGGAUAAUUAGUUUCUUGAAUAAAUACCAGAGCUAUUUGCUUAACUCAACAUGGAGAAUACAGUGAUUUCAAUAUUUUUGUCAAUCAAGGACACACAGACAAAGGUACUUACUUUUACUAUUGUUCAUCAGGAAGAUGUGCUUUUACAUGGGAAAUGGGGUUGCAAAUAUAGUGUGUGUGAGUGUGAGAGAGAUUGCCGACCUCAUCAAAUGUGCGGCCAGAAUCGCCACGGAUUGUGGCAAUUCUGGCAGUGCCCGUGUGGGCAUGUGGGGAACCUGUCACCCCACGCCCCACAUCGCCCGACUCAUCUGAGUCCCCAUGCCAGAGGGGGAAGUGUCUGCCACCUGGCUUCUCCCCAUUGAGCCAAGGAAAUGUUGGUUCGCCUUCCCUUUUAUGACGUAACCCUGCUGGAAGUUGCAGUGCAUUGUGGGAUGGGAGCCAGUGGGCUCCAUUGUAAAAGCAUAGAUAAACUGGCUCAUGCUGCCAAAUUUUCCCUGUCUGAGGAGGUCAUGAGAGGGAGAGACAGCAAGCACUAUAAGGAGAGUGAGUGCAUCUGCCAAUAAGGUUGUGUUCUUGCAAGUACUUUCUGGAAUUCAGGAAGUGCUAAAAUUUCUUUUACCAUGAUGCAAGCAACCAGUUGGUGCUCUUGUAGCUUGCCUCUUCUGCAAAAGCAAAAGCAAAACAGUGCUUGUCCUCUUGUGCAAGCACAUUGUACCAUUUUAAUCCCCGUUCAGAGGGUCUUUAUAACUAUUAGAUAGGAGAAAGUAAGAAGCUAAUCUGUAACUUGCACCAUGAGAUGAAAACAAAAUGUCUACAUUGAAGACCAAGAAAGAGUAAUCCCAGCAUUAAUAAGCAAGAUACUAUCUCCAGAAAGAAUUUAAAAUACAUGUGCCCACUGGUAUCUUUUACUAUAAUUUUAAGUACUUUUUUAUUCAAAAGAAAAUAAAAAAGCAAAAUUUUAUAAUACAUAAUGCUAAAAUGUUUUUGUUCUAAUAGCUAUUUGUAGUAGCUAUGUUAUAGCUACUACAAAUUCUAGAAACUACAAACCUAAAUCAAAGCACAAACACACAAGCCAAACAAACAUCUACAUAGACAGUGUUCCCUCACUUAUUGCUGGGGUUAGAUUCCAGGACCACCCGCAAUAAGUGAAAAUCCGCAAAGUAGGGACACUAUAUUUAUUUUAAUAUUUAUACAUUAUUUUAGUAGUUAUACACUAUGUCGAGUCUUUAUCAACCAAUCGUGUGUUGAUAAAUCGCCUCCUUCUUCUCCUGUUGCCGCUUGGGCUCCGUUUCUCUCCCUUUGGCUUCUUCUUCCUCCCUUCCUUAGGCUGUAAAUUGUAAUUUGUUAUGAUUUAUAAUAGUCUUUUAGAGUUGAUUGAAAAUCUGAGAAACAACGAAUCCGCGAAAAGUGAACCGCGAAGUAGUGAGGGAACACUGUACGCACAAACUACACUAACGAACAGAUUAGGAAUCUCUUCACAUGGCCCUUUUGGGCAAUUGCCAGUGAAAGGGAAGGCACGUGGGUUGGCUUGUGGCACCUUGUGUGUCCUCCCUCCUUAUCCCAUCACAUGGUGGGGGCAGAUGGUAAUAUGUGUUGCCCCGCAGCCCUUUACCCCAUAAUAUGGGGAAAAGGGGAAGAAAGUGCAGGUAGCUCCAUCGGAGCUACCCAAAGUACACUUUCCUACCCGUAGUGGUGGAGGAAGCACCUUUUGGUGCUUCCACCCCACUUUGGGAGGAAUGUGGGCGGGACCUCCAUGUGUCCUGUGAUGGUGCAUGGCAGGCCACAUCCUUGCAUUGACACAACGAGGCAAAAUGGGGCAAAAAUGCCCCGUGUGAAGAGGUGGAAGGAGAGAAUUCUACGAAUCUCACACUCACUAUCUGAUGUUUUUUGUGCCUUGUUUUUCUACUCCCUAAUAUAUAUACUAUAUAAUAUACUUUUGGUAACAUUCUUCUAAUUCAUAAAUCCUACAGUUGUGAAAAGGUCAUAACAAGUACCAUUUUUUUCUUGAAAGUCCUUCAUCAGCUUAGUUUAUCAAUCUCAGCUAAUUCUCAGAUCUUUGUCAGCCAUUCUUCUAAUGUUGGAGAACAUGCUGGUUCCUUCCAUCUCUGAGCACAAAUGAUUCCUACUGCAGUUGUCAUUUACUGUAAUGAUUUUUCCAAAUUUUCUUUAGCAUUCACAAUAGCAAAACAUUUGGUCAUAUUUGAAUUUAACCUUAAAAAUUUAAUUCAGUAUCAUAUGUAUUUGAAUUCAGAAGUUCUAGGCCUUUCUGCAAGACUACUAUAUCUGAUAAAAUGUCCCAACAUUUUGCUCAUAUUUCCAACAUUUGCUAGUCCUGCCUUUGCACACUUUAGUGUUUUUUUCUGAUGUCAAACAACACCUGUACAUCAUCUUAUAGAAGUUAUAGAUCAAUACUCAAAGUAAAUUUCAAACUCUUUGUUCACACCUUUUACCAUUGUUCAAACUGAAUUUGUGUACCUUUAUUUUGAGUCUGUUCAAUCAUGCAGUCCUUCAUUCAUUUUUUCUCCAUUUCAUAUUUUAUUAGCAGUUUAUACAUUUUAUCAUUGAAAGGAUUAUCCCCUGAAUACAAUACGUUUUUGAACUCUGGUUUAACUAUUUCAAAUCCAAAGCAGAUUUUAAUGGAUAAAAUCUGUUUUGGAUUUGAAAUAGUUAAACCAGAGUUCAAAAACUUACUGUAUUCAGGGUGUGAAGUCUUGGCUCUGCCUUUCCUCUCCUUUGCUUCAGUUCUCUCUGUUUAGGUUUCCCAAUAGUGUAGAUGCCUCCAUUAGUAUUAGUUUUUGGGUGGAGCUUAAAAAAACCCCCCUAGAAGCCAGCCUUAGUUGGUUUAGUCCAUUUGCAUGCACAGAGCUUUCUUGCUAGGUCCUCUUUUCUUUCUGCAAUAGAGCUACCGAGUUUAGAGGCCUGGAUAUUGUCUGGAAAUCCUAGGCCCUAGCAAUCCAAACAGUCAUCCUUAGUAUUAAACUCCUCAUAUACAGUAGAGUCUCACUUAUCAAAGCUAAACCGGCAGAAGCUUGGAUAAGCGAAUAACUUGGAUUAUAAGGAGGGAUUAAGGAAAAGCCUACUAAAUGUCACAUUUCGUUAUGAUUUUACAAAUUAAGCACCAAAACAUCAUGUUUUGCAACAAAUCUACAGAAAAAGCAGUUCAAUACACAGUAAAGUUAUGUAGCAAUUACUGUAUUUAUUAAUUUAGCACCAAAACAUCGCAAUGCUUCUGGAACAUGGCCUGACAGUCUGGAAAACUGACAACAACCCUGUGAUCUGGGCCAUGAAAGCCUUCGACAACACAGGAGGAGCUAUCCAGCAAGUGGGUGAGCGAGAAGGACUUUUGGAGCCCUCCUCGCUCACCAACCCGCCCAUGCCUCGGCUCCCUCGCCAUGCUGGGGCUGGCAGCACUGGCGGCCAGCAUGGCGGAGGAGCGAGAGAGCGAGCCCACCCUCCAUCCCUCGCUCACUCACUCACCCGGCUAGGUUCUGGCAGCACUGGGAACUGGCGGGGUCAGUGGGGGGGGGGGGAAGGAAUUUGGCUCGAAUUGCCCAGAUGCUCGAACAAGCGGGGCUAGAUUUAGCGGGGUUUUACUGUACUAUCAUUCCCAGUGACAACAGAAGCUUGUGGUCAGCUCAAGUUUCACAAAAUAGAAGACCAAGUCCGUCAUUUUACAUCAGAGGCAAAAGACUUUCAAGGAUUCCAGAGAGAUGACUGUGACCAGCAAAAUCUUCUUUUGUAAUGUAUUGUUUUAAGCUAUCUUUCAAUAGCCCUGGGUGGAGUUAACCCUUUAUUCAUCUUGUUUUCAGUAAACUUGUUUUGGUUAAUUUUUAUCUUGCUUAAGUGACUCUGUAUGUUAAGGGUCUUGAUCUUAAUAGAAAGUAUACAGAUAGCCCCCAAGCAAAGCCAGACACUAUAGUUUUCCCAAAGGCUCGGGCAUGCCAUCACAUCAAUCUUAAAUUGCUAGCAAACCAUUGUAUUCCAUAAUCCUCCAUCAUUAACUACUCUUUCAUCUUAAAUUAAUAUUAGUCAUUAUCUAGCAGUAACAAGUCUUCAUAAAUCACCCAUUUUCCUUUAAAAGAAAUUUCUCUUCUGAACAUAAGGUCUAUUCUUACAUUUAUUGCAAACUCUUAGUAGUAAUCUCCUUAGGACGUUGUUUUUAAAAUUUGAAUCUGCUUUUAUUUUGUCAUGCUAAAGAGAGCCAUGUACCUCAAAUUUCAGACCAGCAUAUGUUAGUUGCAAUAAUCUUUUGUUUUUCAAUGUUGACCAAUUUUUCAACCAUGCCAAAUAAGCAUAAUAAUACAUUUUUAGAUUAGAGAGAUCUAUACCCCCUCUUUUCAUAUGAUCUUGCAGUGUCUUGAAUCUGAGUCUAGGUCUCUUUCCUCACCAGAUAAAAGUUGCAAAACAUUUUUUGUCAUUGUUUAAAUGAUAUCAUUUGUAAUGACUGAAAUAAAAAUAAAAUAUUUGAUAACA